CCCUCAAGUUGAAAGACUGGUGGAAACCACGCGAGCGUGAGUCAGCGCUGCCCCAGGGGCCCUCCACCCCUUGGAGGUGGGUCGUAUACCGGGAGCGGAGUAGAGUAGGCCGGGAGAAACUGGGCCAGGCAGCACUUUUAGCUCGAGGGGCCUCAAGGACUCUUCGCGUCCCUGGAGACAAGGGCACUACACGCACUUCAUAAUGAACAGUUUCUAGGGAGAAGUAAACAGCGGGCGGAGCCAGGCUCACGGACCUAGGCCAGGCGGGAGCAUGCUGGUCCUCAGAGAGCUGCGGCUCCCCCCGGCGGGGAUUCUGCUCCUGUUGCCGUUCCUGCCGCCGCUGCUGCUGCCAGCAGCCCCUGCGCCCCAUCGCGCUUCCUACAAACCGGUCAUCGUGGUGCACGGGCUCUUUGACAGCUCAUACAGCUUCCGCCACCUGCUGGAAUACAUCAACGAGACACACCCUGGGACUGUGGUGACAGUGCUCGAUCUCUUCGAUGGAAGAGAGAGCUUGCGACCCUUGUGGGAACAGGUGCAAGGGUUCGGAGAGGCUGUGGCCCCCAUCAUGGCAGAGGCCCCUGAAGGGGUGCAUCUCAUCUGCUACUCGCAGGGGGGCCUGGUGUGCCGGGCACUGCUGUCCGUCAUGGAGGAGCACAACGUGGAUUCUUUCAUCUCUCUCUCCUCUCCACAAAUGGGACAGUAUGGAGAUACAGACUAUUUGAAGUGGCUCUUCCCUACCUCCAUGAGGUCUAACCUCUACCGGAUCUGCUACAGCCCCUGGGGCCAAGAAUUCUCCAUCUGCAACUACUGGCACGACCCUCACCAUGAUGACUUGUACCUCAAUGCCAGCAGCUUCCUGGCCCUGAUUAAUGGGGAAAGAGAUCAUCCCAAUGCCACCGCAUGGAGGAAGAACUUUCUUCGUGUGGGCCGCCUGGUGCUGAUUGGGGGCCCUGAUGAUGGUGUUAUUACCCCCUGGCAGUCUAGCUUCUUUGGUUUCUAUGACGCCAAUGAGACGGUCUUGGAGAUGGAGGAGCAACCGGUUUAUCUGCGGGAUUCUUUUGGGUUGAAGACACUCUUGGCCCGGGGAGCCAUAGUGAGGUGUCCGAUGGCUGGGAUCGCCCACACGGCCUGGCACUCCAACCGUACCCUUUAUGAGACCUGCAUUGAACCCUGGCUCUCCUGAGGAUGUCCUCAGAGAUCCCCCGGGAACUCCCCAGCCCAGAAACCAAGCGGUGGCCUUGGAAGGCAAAUGUCAGGCUCUGAUGUGCCUGGGACCACCCCAUUGUUCCCACACUGCCCGCACCAACUAGGGCUCCCACGACCCCUUCCUCCUCUUCUCUGUACAUGACAAAUCCUGGUGUUCCCCCAGCUCAUGUCUGGGGUUUGCUCCGUGCUCUCUCAGCCUCCCAAGCCCAAGGUUGGGAAGAGAGAAACCAGGUUUUUAACUUGUGGCUGCUCCUGCUGUUGCUGCUGCUGCCGCCGACCCUCCGUCUCUGGCUGUUACGGAAGGAGAACCCAGCCCCUGCCCGCUACAGGGGUCUCCUUCUAGGCCACUCAGGUCAUUUUUAGCUUCUCUUCUCCCCAUGUUCCCUUUUCCUCAGCUUUCCCAACUCCCAGGAAGGACUACCCAUGAGAGUGGGGUUCUGAGGCUCCCCUAUGGGGACAGUUCUGUUCUUGAAAUGUCAGUGUUGGGGAAUAUCUAUGGCCUGUGAGGCCCAUCUCAGGUUUGGGGAUCCCCCAGUCCCUACGUUCAGUGUUGGGGUACCCCCUGGGAGCCUAGUUUCUUUGAGGCCCCAGCCCCUCUUUUAGCUAUCAUUGAAUGGGUGUUAACCCUGUAUUAAUGGAAAUAAAGUUCCAUUUCCUCA